CGAUUUCUUCUGUGUGCGUCUGUGGAAUCUAAACCAGAGGAGAAAGGGAUGGUCUCGGAGAAACUCGUACUGCGUCUUCAGAGGGAGCAUCGACUCGACGGUGCCAUUAGUCUGCAGGAGGUUUCUCGAACUCGCUCAACUGACAUUGCGCUCAACGCCUACCUUGCGCGACGCCAAGCCAGCGUCGCUGUUGAAGCCGUUGGGGAGGAUGCGCCGGGUGCUGGCGGUGCUGCCACAAUUACCACCUCCGGCACCUCGAAAGUAACGACACAGGAGGGGCAGCGUCAUUUAGUACCUCCAAGGGCGGGUAACUCCACUGCCGUUCGUCUUGAUCUCCGUGGGGUUGGAAGGCAGUUAGCUAACGGUGUCACUUUUGAGGCAGGUUGCUUGCCUUGUUAUCGGGCGCGUUUUAUGACAUUCCGCUAUUUCUUCACUUCUCCUUCAAGGGCACUGAUCAUACUAUUUACCGUCUUCAUUCAAAAGUAG